UUUUUAACCGUGGUGGAGUUCCUGGUGUGUGCGCUUCUAGAGUUCCUGCACGAGAGUGUGCAUAAGACUGUCAGUUCUCAUUUCCACUUUGGUGAAGUGGUCAGAGCUGAAGGGGCGAGGCUGGAGUUAAACAAUUUAAAUUCAAUAUAUGGGAACAAUUUCGGACUGUGCAAGACGCUCUGGGAUUUGUAGUUCUGCUGGGGAGAACCGACUCGGCUACUGACAGCUGCCGGAAGUGAGGCUGCGGGGGAAUGGCCGCCGCCGCGACCAUGGCGGCAGCUGCGCGGGAGUUGGUGUUGCGGGCUGGGGCUUCAGAUCUGGAGGAAGAGGAGGGUCCCCUGGGAGGUGGUCCUGGGCUGCAGGAGCCACUGCAACUUGGGGAGUUGGAUAUCACCUCUGACGAAUUCAUCCUGGAUGAAGUAGAUGUUCACAUUCAGGCAAAUCUGGAGGAUGAGCUAGUAAAGGAAGCUCUCAAAACGGGUGUGGAUCUCCGUCACUAUUCAAAGCAGGUUGAGCUGGAGCUACAGCAGAUAGAGCAGAAGUCCAUUCGGGAUUACAUCCAGGAGAGUGAGAACAUCGCGUCUCUGCACAACCAGAUCACAGCCUGCGAUGCUGUCCUGGAGCGCAUGGAGCAGAUGCUGGGAGCUUUUCAAAGUGACCUCAGCUCCAUCAGCUCUGAGAUCCGGACGCUGCAGGAGCAGUCAGGAGCCAUGAACAUUCGACUGCGAAACCGCCAGGCGGUUCGGGGGAAACUUGGGGAGCUGGUUGAUGGUCUGGUGGUGCCCUCUGCUCUGGUCACGGCAAUUCUGGAAGCUCCGGUGACAGAACCCAGGUUCCUGGAGCAGCUUCAGGAACUGGAUGCCAAGGCAGCUGCAGUCAGAGAGCAGGAAGCCAGAGGCACGGCGGCCUGCGCGGAUGUCAGGGGCGUGCUGGACCGGCUCCGGGUCAAGGCAGUGACGAAGAUCCGAGAAUUCAUCCUCCAGAAGAUUUAUUCCUUCAGAAAACCAAUGACCAACUACCAGAUCCCCCAGACGGCCCUGCUGAAGUUCAGGUUCUUCUAUCAGUUCCUCCUGGGCAAUGAGCGAGCAACGGCUAAGGAGAUCAGGGAUGAGUACGUGGAGACGCUGAGCAAAAUAUACCUGUCUUACUACCGCUCCUACCUAGGCCGGCUCAUGAAGGUGCAGUAUGAGGAAGUUGCUGAGAAAGAUGAUCUCAUGGGCGUGGAGGACACAGCAAAGAAGGGAUUCUUCUCCAAGCCGUCGCUCCGCAGCAGGAAUACCAUCUUCACCCUGGGGACCCGAGGCUCUGUCAUCUCCCCUACUGAACUUGAGGCCCCCAUCCUGGUGCCCCACACGGCCCAGCGUGGAGAGCAGAGGUACCCAUUUGAAGCCCUCUUCCGCAGCCAGCACUACGCCCUCCUAGACAAUUCUUGCCGUGAAUAUCUUUUCAUCUGUGAAUUUUUUGUCGUGUCUGGUCCAGCUGCGCAUGACCUAUUCCAUGCUGUCAUGGGCCGAACGCUCAGCAUGACCCUGAAACACCUGGAGUCCUACCUGGCUGACUGCUACGAUGCCAUUGCUGUUUUUCUCUGUAUCCACAUCGUUCUCCGAUUCCGCAACAUUGCAGCAAAGAGGGAGGUCCCGGCCCUGGACAGGUACUGGGAACAGGUGCUCGCCUUGCUGUGGCCGAGGUUCGAACUGAUCCUGGAGAUGAACGUGCAGAGCGUGCGGAGCACUGACCCCCAGCGCCUCGGGGGGCUGGAUACUCGGCCCCACUAUAUCACGCGCCGGUACGCAGAGUUCUCCUCGGCCCUUGUCAGCAUCAACCAGACAAUUCCCAACGAGCGGACCAUGCAGCUGCUGGGACAGCUACAGGUGGAAGUGGAGAAUUUUGUCCUCCGGGUGGCAGCUGAGUUCUCCUCCAGGAAGGAGCAGCUUGUGUUUCUGAUCAACAACUACGACAUGAUGCUGGGUGUGCUGAUGGAGCGGGCUGCAGACGACAGCAAAGAGGUCGAGAGUUUCCAGCAGCUGCUCAACGCUCGGACACAGGAGUUCAUUGAAGAGUUGUUGUCUCCUCCUUUUGGGGGUCUGGUGGCAUUUGUGAAGGAGGCUGAGGCUUUGAUUGAGCGUGGACAGGCUGAGCGACUUCGAGGGGAGGAAGCUCGGGUAACUCAGUUGAUCCGGGGCUUCGGUAGUUCCUGGAAGUCGUCGGUGGAAUCGCUGAGUCAGGACGUGAUGCGAAGUUUCACCAACUUCAGAAAUGGAACCAGCAUCAUCCAGGGAGCACUGACCCAGCUGAUCCAGGUCUAUCAUCGCUUCCACCGGGUGCUGUCCCAGCCGCAGCUGCGGGCCCUGCCUGCCAGGGCUGAGCUCAUCAACAUCCACCACCUUAUGGUGGAGCUGAAAAAACACAAGCCCAACUUCUGAUGUGCCGGGAUCUGCCGAGCUCUGCCUGCGAUCCUCUCCGUGAACCUCUUACCCCAUCCCGUGCCCUUCAUCACCUGGGUGCCCCUCAGUCUCCCUUGCUUCCCAGGCCUUUGACAUGCCUCACCCAGCCUCCAGGUGAGGACCUUGCCUUCAUAGAAGCCUGCUGAAUCUUCCGAUGUCUUAAGGUUUUCCAAGACCACUUGGCCCUGGGCUUCUAAAACAACCGUUAUCAUUUUCUCAGUUUUGUCAACUUCUUUGCUCUUAUACAGCCAAGGCUCUUUUCCUUCUACAAGCAGAAGCUUUCACUGCCUCAGUCUCUGGCUCACAUAGCUCUAUCGCCAUGUCCUGAGGUGUGAAGACUCAACUUGGAAUUGGUGGCCAGGGAAACUGCCUCCAAGUUACUGAUUUUUUUCACUCAAAAUAAUUUAUUUUCUGGCACUUUUUGACCUAAAGUCUCAAUAA